AUGGACGAGAAUGUAAAGAAGUUGACUAAAGAAGAAAUGAUUGCAAAUUAUUAUCGAUUACUUCGUUCUGUUAUGAGUGCAAGAUUCUGUUUAGAAAACUUUUUACCAUUUCGUGGCCAUGAUGAAUCGGAAGAAUCUAAUUCUCAAGUACCAAAAAUCAAUAUCCUUUGUAUAGGAAUUAGGAGGCUCUAUAUAUACACAAAGACCCUAGUUGAAUCAGACGGUGUAAUUGAGGUUGCCCAUCAUCAUCAUCAUCAUCCAUUAUCGUCGAUACCCACCCUAUCUUCUCACUCAAAUUUUAACAACCACUUCAUUUCAUUUCUCAUUCAAAUUCAACAUUCAAACACCCACUCUGCCUCUAGAGCAAAUCAGUUAAAGGUUCCAAAAGAACAUUAUAUUGAUCAUCUUGUUUCAAGAUUUUUUCCUACAAAAAGGUGUAACAACAAACAACAUGGGUCUUUCACCAUACCAAACCCCAUCAGAUGCAGGUGUCCUGUGUGUCAUUCUAGUGAACACAGCCAUGUCAAUAUCCAUCAUGAAAGAAAUCGUUCGCUCGAUCCUUCAUGUAAUCGGUAUCCAUGUAGCAUCAUCAGAAGAUUACGCAGCUCAAACGUUGACAGACUCCAUCGAAUGCAGAGGAACACCAUCAGAAACUUACAUGGAGGAGUUCAGAAGCCGAACACCGUCUGUCCUUUAUGACUCGUUAUGUCGCAGAACCAAACAAGAAUGCUCAGUUUGUUUAGUCGAGUUUAACCCGGAUGCGGAGAUCAAUCGCCUUUCGUGUGGGCAUGUUUUUCAUAAGUCUUGCCUUGAGAAAUGGUUGAAGUUGUGGAACGUAACUUGUCCGCUGUGCAGGAACCAGAUGAUGAUGCCGAAAGAGGUUGAAGAAAACACUUGCCCAAUGUGAGGUUGGGUUUUUUUUGUGGUUUUAGUUUAGACUGCAAACUCGAGUUUUCGGAUGUUUUUAGUGACCGCCCGACGUGUUGUAAGUAAUGUUGGUGUCGUUGACUUGAAAUUUACGCGCUUUGUAUAUAGAAAUUGUGUAAGGUUUCCGGUGUUGUAUGCACCUGAGAAACUGUUAGCUUUCAGUUUGUUUUUGUGUUUCUGGUUUUUGGUCUACAACAGAGUGAAUAGCUGUAUGAACCUUUUGCAAUUUUGAUCAUGUAUUUCUAGUACCAGAUGGAUGAAUGAUCAUUAUUGUAUUUUUGAUUGGA